GCUUGGUCGUCUUACGAGCGGCAGCAGCUUCGCGACGUUCUCCUCAACUGGCGACGUCGCGUCCAGCACGAGGUGCUCAAACUCGACGGGCGCGAAGAGCCACUCGUCGCCCUUCGCCGGCGGCGGGUCGUAGAAGUGGCCGUCGCGCGACGCGAUGCGCUCGCCGGCGAGGGCGUCGGAGGCGUCCACGAGCGCCCAGGUCGCGUCGGGGAAACGUUCCCGAAACGAGUCGCGCAGGUCGUCGUUCACGAAGGAGAACGAGACCACGCAUACUGCGUCUUUGCCAGCGGACGCGGUCGCCACAUGAUCCGCCGCGUCCGAUGCAAACGCCCGCCGCUCCGCGAGCGUCGGGUACACACCCUUGGCGAAGUUGUCGCGCAUCCACUGCGGCACGCAGACGUCCAGGUCGACGUUGUACGCGCCGUCGGCGUCGGGAUGGGCAAUCAAUCGCUCGGCGAUCGUGCUCUUGCCGGCGCCGGGGCGGCCGAAGAUGAUGAGCGGUCGGAGUGCCGCUGCUGUUGCUAUAUUGAUGAGCAGUCGUAUGGAGAUUUCCAUUGCUGCACAGCAGCACUGAUUACAGCUCCACUUGCUGGCUCGCGUCGGCUGGCGUCUUCUCGUGCUGAUCGCUCGCGCCGUGCCAAUAUUUUGAUCUAUAACUCGGUUUUAUGGCGUCGGGCUGGCCUAGCAAGCAAGUGCUGCCAAAAUGCGCCGCGCCGCCGCGCUCGACGCUGCUAG